CAUUGCUAAAAAAAUAUUACUCUCCAUUUAAUCGUUUUAAGCCAGUGGCAAAAGGCAUGUCUGGAAAGCAAGAGAGUGAACGUCCUUCGCCGGAAAUGAAUGCCUGCAAGGUGAUUAUCAAGAGGUUAUUUGCCAGUUCCUAUAGGAGCAUAGCUUGGGUGUUCUACGAACCACUGGAUGCCCAGCUCUUGGCCCUACACGAUUACCACGACAUUGUCGAGGAACCCAUGGAUCUGUCCACCGUACGACAUCGCCUUAAUACGGGUUGCUAUCAGACAGCCGCCGACUUUGCCAAGGAGGUGAGGUUGAUUUUCUACAACACCUAUUUGUACACAAAUCCUGGCCACUUGUGCUACGAAAUGGCCAAAAAGCUGCAGCUCAUCUUCGAGGAGAUGUACGCCCAGGUUCAGCUAUACACAUCCCAGGGCAAAAAACUGGAUGCCGACGAUGGGAGCUCGGCGAGUUCUUCGAGCUCUUCGAGUUCUUCAAACUCUUCGAGUUCUUCGAGCUCUUCAGAAGAGUCGGACAUAGCUGUGAGGAAAACAGAACCAAGCAGCUCGGAGGCUUCCACCUCGACUCGUGAGUGGACUCCGCCGCAACUCUGGGGUACUUCAAGGGAGGGGGAACCCUUUACGACCGAAGAGGAUCUCGAUCUGCACGCCAAGAUUCAGCAGUUGGAUGGUGAGGUGCUGCUGCACGUGAUCCACCUGGUCCAACGGAUGGAGGGCGCCGAGUAUGGCAACAAGGAGCUGGAGUUCGACGUCUGCCAACUGAAGGUGCACACCAAGCGCGCCAUCAUCCACUACUUGGCCAGCAAAGGGUUCACGGGAAAAAGAGUGGCUCGCACCAAACCCAAAUACAACGAGUCUUAA